UUAAGACGGGGAAAAAAACACGACGGACCAGAUAAGCAAUGCAGAACCAGGCGGCGACGGAGGCGCAGAGCUACGAGGACGUCCGCAAGAGCGGCUACCUGCGCAAAGCCAAAUCGGCGCACCGGCGCUUCUUCGUGCUCCGUGCGCCCUCCGAGCGCGGCCCGGCCCGCCUCGAGUACUACGAGAGCGAGAAGAAAUUCCGCAGCAAGUCGCCCGUGCCCAAGAAGGUGGUGGACCUGGAGUCGUGCUUCAACAUCAACAAGCGCGCCGACUCCAAGAACAAGCACAUGAUCGUGUUGCACACCCGCGGGGAGAGCAUCGCCGUGGCCGCCGACAGCGAGCAGCUGCAGAACGACUGGUACCAGGCCAUGUUGGACCUGCACUGCAGAAGUAAAACCCCCGAUGACUAUGGCAGUGGUGGAGAAAGUGGACUGCUGUCCCCGGGUUCUGGCUUUAAGGAGGUUUGGCAGGUGAAGCUUUGGCCCAAGGGCCUGGGGCAGGCAAGGAAUCUGAUUGGCAUCUACCGGCUCUGCCUUACUGACAAAACCGUCAACUUUGUUAAACUCAACUCAGAUGUGCCUGCCGUAGUUCUCCAACUGAUGAAUGUGCGUCGUUGUGGUCACUCAGAGAACUUUUUCUUCAUUGAGGUGGGACGUUCAGCCAUGACAGGGCCUGGAGAGUUCUGGAUGCAGGUGGAUGAUUCUGUAGUUGCGCAGAACAUGCACGAGACUCUUCUGGAGGCCAUGAAAGCUUUAAGCGAAGAGUUUCGUCAGCGCAGCAAAACCCAGGCAGCAGGAACUUCCUGUGGAGGGGGCACCGCCUCUAAUCCGAUCAGUGUACCGUCCAGGCGCCACCAUCCAAAUAUGCCACCUUCGCAGGUCGGCUUUUCGAGACGAGCUAGGACUGAGACUCCUGGAGUGCCUCACAGCACGAACACAUCCCCCACUAGUCGACAUGGUUUCUCCAGGUCAAGGACAGCCAGCAUCGGGGCUCGGACAGAUGACAGAAUGACUGCUCUCAGCACUAGUCCAAGCCUUAAUAGCUCCUCUUGUUCCACAACCCCUACCCUACGACCUAAACCCACACGAGCACCUACCCCAGCCAAGAUCACUCUUAGCCUUGCACCAUAUGCCCCUAAGAACCCAGCACCUUCCCCAGCUCCCAGUCUCUCCUCCAGUUCUGGCCAUGGGUCAGAAUGUGGACUAAGUGGUGCUCCACUGGGGACAGUACCCAUCUGCACAUACGUUCGGAUUCCACAGAGAGUGUCCAUGUCAGGGUCCCCCAGUGACUAUGGCUCCUCUGAUGAGUAUGGCUCAAGUCCUGGUGAGCACUCUCUUCUGAAUGCGGGUCUUUCUAGUGCACUAGCAGAUGGUUCUUCUGGCUGCAUCCUGGUCAGAAAUCGAGACAAUUCUCACAAGAGAGUGCAUGGGCGCAGGAUUUUUCGACGGUCCUCUUGCAGAGAGUAUGAAGCCGAACGCAAGAUGCUUAGCAAACGUACCUCACUUCCUCCUUCUUCUGCUCCGAAUCGUCCGGUUCCCCGUUGCAGGGAGCGGGAAGAUGAGGACGAUGAAGAUUAUGCUGUGAUGUCUCGCAGUUCCAGCAGAGAGUCUUUCAUCUCUUUACGAGGCUCAGGAAGCUCAACAACAACCUCAUGUGGGCAGGUGGAGACACUGGUAAACAAAGGUGUGAACACUAAGGAGGUUUCUGAGGAUGCAUCGAUUGAAAGUGGUUAUAUGUCCAUGUUGCCAGGAGUCACCGCUCCUCCAGCAAGUCUGUCUCUUUCAGUGACUGAAACAGAAUCGAAGGGACGAGACGAAUACAUGGCCAUGACCCCUAACAACAGCGUUUCACUUCCACAGCAGAUCCGUUUUCCUGUCUCAGAGGGAUAUAUGAUGAUGUCCCCAAACAGCAGCUGCUCACCAGAUCUACAUGCUUUAAGCAGGUGCUUGUGGGGAAGCAGGAGCAGCAUGGAGAGUAGAGCAGGAAGUGACUACAUGAAUAUGUCUCCCAUCAGUGCCAGAUCGGCCUGCAGUACACCCCCUUCACACCCUGACCAACAACCAUUGCAGCCCAAGACGGUGUACUCCUAUUUCUCCCUGCCACGCUCCUACAAGCAUACUGCCCUAUCGACUCGGUUUGAGGAGAAUCUUGGAAUUGGGAUAAAACCUGAGGGUGUUUCUAAAGCUAAAGGAAGUUGUGGAAGGAGGGCUGGGCGUGGUGGUUACCCCAGUGGAGAUGAUCCUUCUGUUGGCCCCAAUGUAAGUGGCCACCUUUCCCUCUCUUCUUCCUCUUUCUCUUCUAGUUCUGCAAGCACUGAGAGCUUGGAUGAAAAACCUCUCUCUCUUCCUGCUGGGGUUUUGGGAAAGGCCACUAGGUCGAGCACAGGACACAGGGUAGGAAGUGUUCACCCCAAAGAAUCGGACCACCAUUAUCACCAGCAGAGACGAGGGCAAGGCAUUCAGAAACAGGGUCAUCCACAACAACGAAAAGGCAGACCCUUCAGUCUUUCAGUGGACAUGUCCAAAGCAAACACCCUGCCCAGAGCUAAGGAGACCUUACAGCCGACAGGGUCCCAAAACUCUGGUGAUUAUGUGAGCAUUGUUUACCAGGGUGAUCACGGAGGACACAGCAGAGAAAUAAUGAAUAUAGAUCAAGGGUGUCAAGUGGUGCAAGGAGAUCCAAGACCCCUACACCAACCACCUCAAUGCCAAGUUGGUGGUACCAAUCUACCCCGCAGUUUCUCAGCUCCGCUCUCCACUUCUGAGUACGUUAAAAUGGAUUUAGGGAGCUCACCUUCUAUGCUGUCCAGCACACCCCUCUCUUCUUUUAAUCCUACUGCAGCAAUAGCUCCAAAAGCAAGAGAGAAACUUGGUGGAACUCCUCCGAUGACACAGGAUGCUGAAACGGAACUCAGAAAAUGUGCUACAUCUACCUUGCCAACUAAAGAUGUAAGUGGUGCCCCUUUUACAGACUACAAAGACAUAGCACUUGGAUUGGAUGCUCUAGACAGCUCUUCACAUGGUCCUAAACCUGGAAAAACAGCAGAGCCUUGCUCUAUGGAACAGGAACAAAGCAUGGAUUUCCACUCACUCCAGGCUUUUCCCCGGUCGGACCAAGGUCCGCAAAUAGUCAGGGCAGACUCAUCAGGAAGGCGGAGGCAUCGAUCGGACACUUUCAAUGCACCUUCGGGUAUCCCUCUUUGUUCUGCUUCCUCUUCUGUUUUCUCUGAAGCAUCCCAGUCCGCUUCAUCCAGGCACCAUGGCACCAUGGAAAGUUCCCUUUGGGCUACUGGGCAGCCAUCCGCUCUGCAGGUCGGUGGUUCUGGGAUGGCAGCUCUAACCAUGACUCAGUCUUUAUCCUCGUCUCUGGAGCAAGGUCUGAACUACAUCGACCUUGACUUGGCUGGUAAGGACAACCCUCAGAUGAGCCUCGAUAGAUCCUCUGGGUCGCACUUCUCUGUUCUGGGAGGAGGAUUGAGUGGGACUGCAGGGGGGGGAAGUAUCAGCUCCAGCAACACUUAUGCCAGCAUCGACUUUUACAAGUCAGAGGAACUCAGAGUCCAGCAGAACACCAGGAAGGACAGCAAAGAGUGCUGAUCGUCCUGCUUUCUGAAGAGGAAAAUGGUGCAAACUAAACUACAUAUAUGUGUGUGUGUGUGUGUGUGUAUGUGUGUGUGUGUGUGUGUGUGUUGGGGAAAGGGGGGUGAGUACCGGUGUGAACUCUCAACUAGGUGCAACAAAAUUUGCUAUUCCAGCGAUCACACAUGGAACCGAAUUUGCCAAAAGACUAUCAAUCACCUGUGAACGCCGGGACGGACCGGUCCUUCAUCCAGUCGGGAAGGAUCGAAUCGACUCUGACUGCCAACCAAGAGCCAAUGAUGUUCCUUCUUUUUUCCUUCAUUAUGAAAUUUUAAUACAUAAUAAGAAAUUGUAAUACAGAUGCUACAUAGUCUAACGCUAGAUGAGACACGUAUAU